AUGUGCGCGAUCGCCGCUGCGAAGAAGACGGCGGCGGCGCUCUGGUGCAGCACCGAGUCGGCCCCGAGUCGCGCCUCCCCGCGCAUCACCGCGGGCACGUCGCGCUGCAGCGGCACCGCGCCGACGACCGCGAGUCCGGCAAAGGCGGCGGCGCUGGUCGCCACGAGGCCGGGGUGCGCGGCGCCGAUGCAGCUGCACACCUCUCCUCGCCAACUGCAGCGUGUCGCCUCUGCAACGGCAACGGGCGCGGCGCCCGAAUCCUUCGCCGCUCAGGCAUGCACUGCUACGCUCGACGCUGUGCUGCCCACAUACCAGGCCAGCGGGCUGCGAGGCAUCUGCCUGCAGCACCUCCGGCUGGCCGCGUUUGCCGCUCGACGACAGCACUCUCCGCCUCCGCCGCUCGCGACGGCCGCCUCCCUGGCGGCCGACUCUGUCUGCCCGGCCCCCGCCGCCACCGUGGCGAGCGUGCAGAUCGAGGUCGAGGCACUGCUCGGCGCGCCGCUCCCGUCGGCCGACCGCGGCCUGAUGGAGCUCGGCCUCGACUCGUUUGACAUCGAGGAGCUCGCGCAGCGGCUCGCCAGCCGGCACCCUCUCUCCGCCCUAGCGCCCUCGGACCUCUUUGGCGCGCCGACGGUCUCGGCGCUCGCCGCGCUCAUCAGCCAGCGCACCGCUGGCGACGGCUCACGGCCAUCGGCGGACCCUCCUCACGCGGCGGGUCCCGCGGUGCACGCCGCUGCCCGCCUCACCAGCCUCGCCGCCUCGCUGCCGCCCGCGAGCGGGCCACGCGGCACGCGAGAGAUGGCGGCGUCGGGCGCGGACGUGGUGAGCGAGGCGCCGGCGGAGCGCUGGUCUCUCCCCGCCACCGACGCGGCCGCGGGCCGGAUGCGCCACGGCGCGAUCUUGAGCGGCGUCGAGCUCUUCGACGGCGCCUUCUUCGGCGUCUCGCCCGCCGAGGCGGCGGCAAUGGACCCGCAGCAGCGGCUGCUGCUCGAGCGCGGGUACGAGGCGCUGCACGGCGCAGGCCUCGCCCGCCACGAGCUGCUCGGCCUCUCGACGGGUGUCUUUCUCGGAGCGAGCUACAGCGACUUUGAGCGCCUUCUCCACGGCAAGGCUCCGCCCUCCGCGUACGCCGCCACCGGCGGCAGCCUCGCCGUCGCGUCGGGCCGCCUGUCGUACACCCUCGGCCUGCAGGGGCCUGCUGUCUCGUACGACACUGCCUGCUCGGCCGCCCUCACAGCCAGCCACGCCGCCACGAGUGCGCUGCGGCUCGGCGAGUGCGAGAGCGGGCUGGUGGCCGGCGUCAGCUUGAUGCUGCUCCCCGAUGUGAGCCACAGCUUCGCUGUCGCGGGCAUGCUGUCGGCGCUCGGCCGGUCCCACACCUUUGACCGCCGGGCCGACGGGUACGCCCGUGGCGAGGCGUGCUGCGCUUGGCUUCUGCAGGGAGGCGCGACGGCUCGCCGGCCGGUCGCCUCGGCUCUGGGCAGCUGCGUGCGGCAGGACGGCAAGAGCGCCAGCCUCACCGCGCCCAACGGGCUCGCGCAGCAGUCGCUCCUCGAGGCGGCGCUCGCCGACGCAGCUGUGGUCGCCGACAGCCUCGCCUGCUCGGAGGCGCACGGCACGGGCACGUCGCUCGGCGACCCGAUCGAGGCGCGGUCGCUCGCCGCGGCGGUGCUCGCCCGGCGCGGCGGCGGCGAGGCGCUCGCGGUGGGCAGCAUCAAGGCCAACUGCGGCCACGGCGAGCCGGCGGCGGGCGCGGGCGGCCUGCUGCGCCUGUUGCUUGGUCUGUGCGGCGCGGAGGCGCCGCCCAACGCGCAGCUGCGGGCGCUCAACCCGCUCGUGAGUGCGGCGGUGGCGGGCAAGGCGUGCGUGCUGCCGACUCAGCUGGCGGCGCUGCGCUCGACGGCCGCGGCGGCCGGCUCGCAGGAGGGCGGCGUGAGCUCGUUCGGGUACAGCGGCACGAUUGUGCACGCGGUGCUGCGCGUCACGCCCGGCGGAGAGGCGCUUGUGGCGCUCGUCCGGCGGGCAGAGAGCGGCCCGCGGUACCGGCGGCUGUGCUACAGCCUCGGCCCCGCCCGGGCUGCUGCAGAGGCGCCGGGGAGACGCCGCCUGUACGAGCUCACGUGGCGCUCGGUCGGACUCGCUCCUCCGCAGUCGCCCGACGUUGUCAUUACUUGCGCCGCCAUCGGCGAUCGGCUGUCGGCGUCGCCGCGUGCUGCCGCCGCACUCCCUCUCGAGCGGCUGGCCUCCCCGCACCUCUCCCGCCUCUCUCUGUGGCUUCCGCCCGCCGGCAGCUGUGCACCGCAGGUCGACGCGCUGGCCGUCUUGGUCGAGCUCCUGCGCACCCUCGUGGCACUGGUGGGCGAGGGCAGCCCUCGCCGACCCGCGCCGCAGCUCCAGCUCGUCGCCUCCACCUCGAGCCUCGCGGUCCCUCUUGCGCGCGCAGGACAGGUGGCGCACGCCGGCCUGCUGGGCUUCUCCCGGGUCGUCUGGCGGGAGGCUCCCAGCCUCCGGUUCGGGCUCGUCGACUGCGCCCUGCGGCUGCGGCGCGGGGAGAAACCUCAGCUGUGGCUUCGCGAGGCGGAGGGCUCGCACGUGGCCGUGCAAGGCCGUCGGGGCUUCAGCGCUGGCCUCUGCUCGAGCAACGUCUCGUCGCGGCGGAGGGGGAGGGAGCAGGGCAGCUCAACGCCAGAGCAGCAGCUCGUCACCGGCGGCAUGGGUGGCCUCGGUCUCCAGACCGCCCUGAUGCUGGCGCGCCGGCGCGCUGGCGGUGCGGAGAUUGUGCUGCUCUCGAGGAGCGGCGCGGUGGCGCACACAGGUCAGGGUCUUGAGGCGACCCUCAGGCUGCUACGCACACGCGCGAGGGCCCUGAGCAUCCUCGCUGCUGAUGUCGGGUGCGCGACAGACGUGACCUCUGCCCUUGCGGCGGCCCCGCGCGUUGGCCGCAUCGUGCACGCAGCGGGAGUCCUCCAGCGGUCGUUGCUCCAAACCACGGGCCGUGCCGAGCUGUCGAUCGCCUUCCACGCGAAAGCGCGCGGCUGCUUCCUGCUGCACGCAGCCACGCAGCGCCAGCGCAUCGGCGGUUUGCUGCUCUUCUCCUCUGUUGUGGCCGCCCUCGGCAACAUCGGGCAGGCCGGCUACGCAGCCGCCAACUCCUUCCUCGACGAGCACGCGCGUGGGCGAACGCAGCGCGGCCUCGCGGCAGCGAGCGCGCAGCUGCCGUUGAUUGAGGGGGUGGGCAUGGCGGCGGCGGAAUUCCGCAAACAGGGCCUGCGAGGGGCGGCGGUGCUCCGAGGCUUUGAGCCUGUGCCACGCGUUGCCUUGGCAGCGUGCCUCGGGCAGCUGCUGCGCGCACUUGGCAACGGCUCUGUCCUCACGCCGCUGCUGUCGCCCGACGCUUUGCACGCUCACGGUCCCCAGCCUCCGCCCUCGCCACGCCACGCAGCCGAUCCGACCCCUUACGGGGCGGAGGCGCGGCGCGGCGCGCUCCAGUCGGCCAUUCUGGCCGUCGUGACCGAGAUCUCCGGCUCCGCUGUCGCGUGGGACGCGCAUUCGGCGUUUCUCGAGUGCGGCCUAGCUUCGUUGGAUCUGGUCGAGGCUGCCCACGCGCUCGGGAGGAGAACAGGCGUUCGCCUCGAGCCGACGACUCUCUUCGCUCGCCCCAACAUGGCAUCGUUGCUCGCCUAUUUGCUGGAGCGCACCGGCUCUCCAGCCGUCGGCGCCGCUGCGGGCGCCAUGCGGCGCAGCGGCAGCCUGCCGGUGUCCGCUUCUGUCUGCCACUGCGCGGCGCGGGUCCCAGGUGGGGCAGGAAGGCGUCAUGUUUGGCCCCUCGUCGCGGCGAGCGGCGACGCAGUGUCCAAGCUUCCCUUGCGCCUCGAGCUCGCGCAAGCCGCUCCGCACGCUCGCGGUUCUGCGGCUCAAUUCUCGUUUGCAAGCCGCGGCGCCUUCUUGUCGGGCAUCGGUCGCUUCGACAGUGCGUUCUUUGGAAUUGCACCGCUCGAGGCCGCUUCCAUGGACCCGCGCCAGCGCAUGCUGCUCGAGGUUGGCUACGAGGCUUUUCACGCGGGCGGCCCGGCGAGCAAGGCUCCGCGUGCCGACGGGGUGUUCCUCGGGCUCGAGGCGAGCGAGUGGGAAGGCUUGAGGCAAGGCGCCUUGCGGCCGCAUGCGCUUACAGCAACCUCGUCCGCCGUCGCGGCGGGGCGCCUCAGCUACUGUCUCGGCUUGCAGGGCCCCUGCUGGACGUGUGAUGCUGCGUGCGCAUCGUCGCUAGUCGCCCUCCAUUGCGGCUUGCAGAGCUGCGAGGCGUCUGAUGCCGACCGUGCGCUUGCUGCCGGCGCAAACCUGCUGCUGCUGCUUGACGCAUCAGUCACGAUGGGGAGCGCAGGCAUGCUAGCGCGAGACGGGCGAUGUAAGACGUUCGAUGCGCGUGCGGAUGGCUACGUGCGGGCCGAGGCGUGCGUCGCCGCCGUUUUGGCGACGAAGUUUGUCGCAGUGGAGAUGUGCUGCAUCCUCGGCAGAGCGGUGCGGCAGGACGGGCGCAGCGCCAGUCUGACCGCGCCCAACGCGGCCGCGCAGGAGACGUUGCUCAACGCUGCCGGCGCAAUGGCACCACUAGAGCAGCGGAUCGGUGACCGAGGGCUUGAAGCCCAUGGCACCGGCACCGCUCUCGGUGAUCCGAUCGAGAUGGCGGCGGUUCGCGCUGUCGACAGGGAGAGGGACUCGCCGCCUCUGGCUGUGGGCGCCACAAAGGCUAGCUUUGGGCACUCGGAGGCGGCUUCAGGGCUGGGGGGGCUGCUAAGCAUCUUGGCGAUGCUGGAUCAGGCAGGAGGCGCACCGAAUGCGCAGUUGCGACGGAUCAACCCGCUCAUCAGAGAUGGCCAAGGCGUCAACGAGCACCCAACUUCAUUCAACACUCAGCGGGACAGGAGGGUAGACAUUGUGACCGGCGUGAGCUCGUUCGGCUACAGCGGCACCAUUGCGCACGCAUUGGCGCGACGGGCGCAGCCCAUAGGCUCGAUAAAUCCUUUGUGUUUGGGCGGCCUGCGCGCGCCGGCCGCGUUCCGCCGCCGGCGCUUUGCCUGGGGCGAGGCGGCGCACCCCUUGCGGCAGCACCGCUGGCCAGCCGCCGAAGCGGCGACGCUGAGCUUCCGCUCGCCUGCGGACGGGGUGCUGGCCGCGCUGGUCGCAGACCACCGGGUCCGCGGCCGCGUCGUCUUCCCCGCGGCCGCUCACCUCGAGAUGGCGCGCGCUGUGUGCUGCGGGGACGCGGCCGGCGGCGCCUCGUCCACGCGCGCCACGCUCCGGCAAGGCGUCUUUGUGCAGCCCUUGCCACUCGACGAGCCGCUCGGGCUGUGGGUGGGCUGCGCCGUGGUGGAGGGCGCGAUGGCGCGGGUCGAGACGCGCAGCUGGCGCGAGGCGGACCAGCGCGAGCAGGCGGGGGCGCCGCACGAGACGGCCCUGCACAUGAGCGCAGACGUCGGUGCGGCAGGACGGCAGCGCUCGCCGGCGGCGGCGCGUCUGCGGACGCGUCUGGCGGCGGCGUUGUGCCCCGCUGCUGCGUACGCGUCGCUCCGCUCCUCCGGGCUCGAGUACGGCCGCUCUUUCCGAGUGCUCGAGGCGGCAUGGGCUGGGGCGGCGGCGGCAUCAGCCCUGCUCCAUCGCCGCCGGUACGGCGAAGGCACGCUCGUGCAUCCGGCAGACCUCGACGGCGCGCUGCAGCUCUCUGCUCUCCUCACCGCGCAGCCGGCUCGCGGCGGGACAGCCUUGCCAUUCGCGGUGGAGGAGGCGGGCCUCGGCGGCCAAGCGGCGAGCUUGCUUCUGGCGGUGGCGUCCGCCUCCGGGCCCGACACCGCCGCCGUGUGGCUCUGCCAUCGCGGUGGCGCGAGCGAGGGCGCGGACAGCGCUGGCGGCGGCCUCGCUGGCGGCGGCUGCCUGGCUCGGCUGGUGGGGCUCCGCAGCCGGCAGCUCGUCGACGGCGCUGGAGCGGGCGAGGCGCAAGGGCACCUCUACCAGACGGCGUGGCGGCGCUCAGACCUCGGCCCCUCGCCCGGCCAGCCGAGCGCCGCGCUGCUCGCGGUGCGGCCGGCGACCCGAGAUGCAGCGGCAGCGGCAUCGCCGCCUCCGGUCGGUGGCGCUGCGCGCCUGCUCGGCCAGUUCAGCGCAGGCGGGAUGCUGCACGUCGACAGCUUGGCGGCGCUCGAGGCUGGCUUGCGGCACGUGGUCGCUCUCGCGGCGGCGGCUGCGCCAGCUGGCCUGCGGCUCCUCACCCUCGGCGCCCAGCAGGCGUCGCCACGCGGCGCGAUGCGCAUCACGGACGCGGGGCUGUGGGGCCUGUCGCGUGCCGCGCGGCAAGAGUCGAUGGGCAGCAGCUUGGCGUGCACAGACUGGUCGCUCGAGUCGCAGGGCGGCGGCGGCACUGUAGGCGUGCUCGCGGCUCUCGAGGCGCUUGCCGCGGCAGGCGAGCUCGAGACGGCGGUGUGCACGGAUGGCCGCGACGUCCUCGCGCCUCGCCUCGCCCGCGCCUCCGACUCGACAUCGCGGCGGCCAGCCUGGCUGCGCCUCGGUGCACGCGGCGCGCUGAGCGCGCUCGUGGUCGAGCCACAGCCGCCGUUCCGCCUGCCCCCCUCGCGGGGCGAGACCGAGCUCAGCGUGCGCGCCGUCGGCCUCAACUUCAGAGACGUGCUCAACGUGCUCGGAGAGUACCCGGGCGACCCCGGGCCUCCUGGCAGCGACUGCUCCGGCGUCGCGGCGGGCGCUGGUGCCACCGGCGCUCGGCUGGGCCUGGCCACUGGCGCGCUCGCGUCGCUGGCGCGGGCUGACUCGCGGCUCGUAGUGCCCAAGCCGGCGGCACUCACCUUCGAGCAAGCCAGCAGCCUGCCCACCGCGUGGAUGACGAGCCACGUCGCCCUCUCUGACUCCACGCCGUCCGCGCGGAAGCGAUGCCUGUUGCACGCCGGCGCGGGCGGUGUGGGGCUUGCGGCGACCGUCUACGCGCGCUGGCUGCGGCUGCGGAUCAGCGUGACGGCCGGCGCGCGAGCGAAGCACCGCUUCCUACGCCAGACCGGCGCUCUCGAGCAGUGGAGCUCGCGCAGCGGCGGCGCCUUUGCGUGGGGCGGCGCCUCGCAGCUGCGCGGGGCGCGGCUGGACGUGGUGCUGAGCAGUCUGUCGCGCGACUUCACGGCCUGCUCGUGGGCACUGCUCUGCGAGUCGGGCCACUUUGAGGAGAUCGGCAAGCGCGGCGUGUGGAGUCGCGGCCGUGCGGCGGGAGCGGUGCCCCACGCACGAUUCCACGCGAUCGCCCUCGACAGCCUGGCCGAGCGCGAGGCGCCGCGGGCACGCCUCACGCUGCUCGUGCUCCGGUCGCGUGCGACCGCGCGGGUGGCCGUCGGCCUGCCACGCGUCAGCUUCUGGCUGGAGCAGGCUGUGGCGGCGGCGUUCCGCUGGCUGCAGAGCGGGCGGAGCAUCGGCAAGGUCGUCGUGCGGCUUCGCGCUCCUCCCUCGACGCCAGCAGCGCAAGCGUCGCACCUUCUGAGCGGCGGCACGGGUGCGCUCGGCCAAGCCACGGCGGGCUGGCUUGCACAGCGCGGCGCGACGCGGCUGAUAUUCGCGUCGCGCGGCGGCGGCUCGGUCAGCAGCGGCCCGGCCGGGCUGCCUUCGGGGAGCGCUGCGCUCUUUGUGCGGUGCGAUGUGGCGCAGCCCCGGGAGGUGGAGCGCGCCCUCGCGCUGGCUGCGAACCCGCCGGCGGCGCCGUUGCGGGGCGUGUGGCACGCGGCGGGCGUGCUCGCCGACGGGCUCCUGGCGCAGCAGGGCGCGAGCGGGCUGCGUCGCGUCAGCGCGAGCAAGUCGCACGGCGCGGCGCUCCUACACCGCGCCGGCUCCGCCUUGCCGCUGCAGGCGUCGGUCCUCUUCUCGUCGAUAGCGGCGCUCUUUGGCGGCGCCGGCCAGGCCAACUACAGCGCGGCGAGCAGCGGCCUCGACGCGCUCGCGCGGGGCGUGCACGCGCGUGGCCGGGCGGCCCUGAGCGUGCAGUGGGGCCCUUGGGCAUCCUCGGGCAUGGCGGCCGCCGACAACGUGCGCACGAGGCUGCAGGCGUCGGGGAUCGGGCUGCUCGGCAUCGCGGAGGGCGGCCCCGCGCUCGCUGCGGCGCUGUCGCGCGACGCGCCGCCGGUGCUGGCGGCGGUGGCUGUGCGGUGGGACCGCUUCCUGGCCGGGCGCGCGACGCCGGCCUUGCUGAGCGCGUUCGGCCGCCCAGGAGGCGCCGGGGGGAAGGCAUCGAGGCGAGCAGAGGCGACGGGGGCGGUCGCGGCGGCGACGCGCAGCCUGAGCGUCGCCGAGGUGCUUGAGCUGGUGCACCGCACGGCCGGCGCCACCGCCGACGCGGACACGCCUCUGCUCGAGGCCGGCGUCGACUCGCUCGGCGCGGUCGAGCUGCGCAACCAGCUGCACGCCGCGGUGGGCGGCCGAGCGGCGCUGCCAAGCACGCUCGUCUUCGACCACCCGAGCGCACGGCAGCUGGCGGCGUACCUGUCGGACGGCGCCACGCCCGAGCCGGCUGCGCCGCUGCACCGCGCCCCGGCUGCGCACGAGCGAGGCCGAGUCGCCGUGCUCGUCACGGGCGCGAGCGCGGUGCUGCCCUCUGGCGCCGCGGGCGCGGAGGCGGUGUGGCGGGUCGCCAUGAGCGCGGCGGACCUGAUCUCGGAGGUGCCCGCCGAGCGGUGGCCGCUCGGCCCUCGGCCCGACUCGGCAGCCGGCGACGCGGUGUCGAGCCGCGUCCGGCACGGCGGCUUUGCGCGCGGCGUCGAGCUCUUCGACGGCGCCUUCUUCGGCGUCUCGCCCGCCGAGGCGGCGGCGAUGGACCCGCAGCAGCGGCUGCUGCUCGAGCGCGGGUACGAGGCGCUGCACGGCGCGGGCGAGCGGCGCGAGGGGCUGGCGGGCAGCCUGACGGGCGUCUUCGUCGGCAUCGCGUCGACGGACUUCGCCGCCGCGCUCGCCUCGCAGAGCGUGGGCGGCGUCUACGCGGCGACGGGAGGGGCGCACUCGGUCGCCUCGGGCCGCCUGUCCUUCGCGCUCGGGCUGCACGGCCCGUGCGCGGCGUACGACACGGCGUGCUCGUCGGCGCUGGUGGCGGGCCACGCGGCGCUCCGGUCGCUGCAGCUGGGCGAGAGCUCCGCCGCGCUGGUGUCGGCUGUCAACGUGAUGCUGUCGCCGCGGGUCGGGCUCACGUUUGCCGUGGCGGGCAUGACGUCCGUGCUCGGCCGCAGCCACACGCUCGACAGGCGCGCCGACGGGUACGCGCGGGCGGAGGCGUGCACCGCAGCGGCGCUGCGUCCGGCCGGGUCGCAGCCGGGCGGGCCGCACGAGCCGGUCGCGACGCUGAGCGGCAGCUGCGUGCGGCAAGACGGGAGGAGCGCCAGCCUGACGGCGCCGAACGGCCUGGCCCAGAGGGCCUUGAUAUCGUCCGCGACUGCGGACGCCUGUCGCACUCCUCACUCGGUCGCUGGCUUUGAACUCGCCGCUGCCGGCUCGCUGCUCGGGGACGCCGUUGAGACGUUGUCGCUUUGUGGAAUCUUGGACGCCCCUUGUACCGCACCCGACUCGUCGACGAGCGUCGCCGCCGUCCUCACUGGAAUCAAGGCCAGUGUCGGCCAUGCGGAGCCCGCGGCUGGGCUUACCUCGCUCCUCGCCUCGCUGGCCUCGCUGCGUGUCGGGCAGCACGCACCCCACGCGCAGCUUCGAAGCCUCAACACCAGCUGCAUCCAAUCCGACUCCGAGACCGUUUCCAUGUGCCUCCCCGUAGCAUGCUCACCAGUCCGAGCUGGUCCAUCUCCCCCUUCCGGAGGGACGAGCGCCUUUGGCUUCUCGGGCACCAUUGCUCACAGCGUGGCCGAGGCCCUCAGUAGCCCCAUUCUUGGCUCCCCUUUGCCGGCGGCCCCCCGACUCUUCCGGAGGGGUAUCGCGUGGAGUGUGCCCUCGAGCGAUUAUUCUCGCCCCGCUGGCGAGGCAGUAGGGCAUCACGUCACUCAAGACCAGGCCGGCGCUACGCCGCGCGCGCCGCAUCCGGACGCCCUCGCGGUGAUCCGCCGCGGGCUGCGAGAUCUCGGCGCCUCUCAAGACCUCGACAUACCGUUGGCGGCCGCGGGUCUGGACUCGAGGGCGCUGCUCUCGUUGUGGCACGCAACCAUCGCCCCCGUCUGUGGCGGCGUUGUGCCGAGCGCGUUCUGGAGGCUGCUGGCAGACGAGGAGUCCACAGGCCGCGGUGUUGCUGCCGCGCUGCAAAAGACCAUCGAGCUCACCCAGCCCGCCGGCGAGCAAGGGGCUGGCCAGGUGGAGGAGCGGCCGCCCGAGCUGCAGCCUCGGCUGAGGGUCGAGACGCUCGCACGGCCCUUUGACCCGCUGGACACCCAGUCCUUUGGCGCAGUGCGCGGGCCGGUCGCCCCCUCGGGGUGCGUCUUCUAUAUCCCUGGCCUUCCCGGCGUCUGCCAGCUCGAGUUUGUCCAGCUCUGCCAGCACCUGGCCGACGUCACCGUGGUGGGACUGCCGUAUGCCGCCGCCAUGGCGAGACCGGCGCUAACGAUGGAGUCGCUGGCCUUCUACCUCGUGAGUGAGAUGCGCGCUGUACAGCCCGAGGGCCCGUACAAGGUGGCGGGCUUCUCGCUGGGGGGCUGCAUCGCAAUGGCGGUUUGCCGUGCUCUCGAAGAGAUUGGCCACAGCGUGCACUCCCUCGUCCUCCUCGACCCGAUCUUUCCGAGCUCCUCGUGGGUGCCCCGGCCGUGCUUGAAGCUUGCGCUUCGCUCGUUGCAGCAGCCGGCCGCGCCUUCACACGGGGAGGGCGCUCUCGCGUGGGACGUUGUGCUACGGCUCGCGUCGGCCGCUGCCGCGUCGCCACCUUUGGACACGCCAACACUGCUCGUGCAUGCCGUCGGGCCACUGACGCUCCCCGGCGGGCCCCGGACGUCGGCGGGUCUGGCAGCCGGCUUUGAUCGUGGGGACGCGGUGCUUGCGAGUGCAAAGCGCCUGCGGCGCGUCCGCGUCAGUGGCAGCCACGCGUCCUUCCUCACCGAUCCUGCAGAGGCCCGGCGUGCGCUGGCCGCCGUCCGGGAGUUCCUGCAGCAAGGCGCUUCUCAGUGGAGCGAGGAAGACGAGGCGCUGGCUUGGGCCGUGGAGUUUCUGAGCGGGCAGCGCCCCGGAGGAGACUCUGAGGCUAUCGCCGACACGCCGCUCGCGCAGCUCGGCCUCUCCUCCUUUGCGCUCCGCGCGCUAGUCGGUGGGGCCGUCCAGCGGCUCUCCUCCGGGUCCGGUGGCGGCGCCGCCUCCUAUGGCAGCGCUGCGCUGACUGCUGGGCUCGAGGACUUUUCAGGGAGCGUCCGCGACUUUGUGGCGAGGCUUGCCGCCGCGGCGGGCAGUGCGCCUUCCGCCGCAGAGUGGUCUCAUGAGAUGCCACCGCCGUUGACGCCGACAUCAGCCUUUGAGCCCGUCGACCCGAGCGAGGCACGCCGACACUACUCCCUGCGCCCAAGCGCACGUUCCCGGCGCUGCUACGGCCAGGGCACCGUCCUGGUGCUCGCCGCGGAGGGCGGGUCGGAGCUCCUGUUUGAGUCCGUCUGGCCCAGCGCCGUCACCCUCCGCCACGGCCCCCGCUACGAGGCGAGGCAGAGGGGCGAGCGGUCCCUCCUCUUUGUGUGCCGGCCUGGCUCGCUGGAGGACUACCGCCGCUGCUUUGCAGACCCUCGAUGGGGGCAGGUCGCAGCAAUCUCGCUGGUCCUCAACUGCUGGCAGCCGCCCUCGGACAGCGCCGCGCUCGGAAUCCUGAGGGCGAGCGUCCUGUCCCGGCGGAUUCACCUCGCGGCGCCCGCGAGGUACCUGCGGCUCGCGCCCGAGGGCACGCAACCGAGCGCCUCCCGUAUCGCCGACCUCGACGCGGCGAUCAUGCGGCCCCUUGCCGAGGUCGUGCAGCUCACUGGGCCGGACCGCACCCCCGUGAGCAGCGCGGCGCUGGGCGCGGCCGCCUUGCGCGUGGCCCGCGCCAGCCGUCCGCCGCCGCUGGUGCAGCUGCGCGCCUCGGCGGGCCCGGGCGGCUCGCUGGUCGCGUCCGCGACGAGCAGCCGGCUUGCGGGCGUCGAGCAGGAGGCGCACGCCGCGAGCUCCUGGUCCCUGGUCCACUUCCGCGGCGACGAGGCGCCGCGAGCGAGCAGCAGCGCCUCGGCCGGCGUCUCGCAUCUGAGCAUCUACUACGAGGUGCAGGGGCCGCUCAACCCGCUGCUGCUGCAGGCCGCGCUCGACGACGUCGUGCUCCGCUCGCCGGCCCUCCGCACCACCCUGCCCGACCGCGGGCUGCGCGGCGUCGCGCACAGCCACCUCGUCGUGCCACUGCAAGUGGUGCGCUGCAUCGGCUCGAGCGAGAAGCUCGCGCGGGCGCUGUCGCCAGACAACCUCCACCGGCGGCUGAACUUCGAGCGCGGCCCGCUCUUGCGCGUGCUCGCGUGCGUCAAGGCGCCGGACCACUGGCUGCUGGCGCUGGUGGCACACCAUGCGAUCCUCGACCUCUACUCCACGCACCAAGUCACGCAGCAGCUGCUGGCCGCGUACACGCACUCGCUGCGCGCCGCGUGCCCCGCGCUGCCGCGCCCAGUCUUCACGCUCGAGAGGGAGGUGGAGGCGACUGGCGUGGCGCGCCCCAUCGCGGUCGACCUCUCGCGCCUGCUGGCGGCGGCGCCGCAGCUCCCGCCCAUCGACCGGAGCGGCGGGAGGAGGGACGCCUGCUGCCGGCCGUGGACGCUCGGGGGCGCUCGGGAGUGGGCGGCGGCGAUGGAGCGGGGCCGCGCGCUCGGGGGGAACGCGUUUCAGGUGGCUGCGGCGCUGCUAGCCGCGGCCUGCGUGAGCGGCGAGCCCCGCCCGAUCAGCCUGUGCUGGACGCAGCGCGAGAUCAUGGACCGGCGCAUGUGCAACGGCUCCUCGCUGCGCGUCUUCUCCUUUUCGGCGGAGGAGGCGAGGGGCGGCUUCGUCCCGCUGCUGCGCGCCGUGCAGCGGCAGAUGCGCUCGCCCGCGCCGGCCCUGCAGCUGCUCACAAGCCGGCCCGCCCCCACCGAGGCGGUGGUUGUCAUCUCGCAGCUGCUGCAGCCGGCCGAGCCGAGCCUUCGCGGCGUCGCACGGCAGAGCGCCCUCUCCGCGCGGCCCGCUCUGUCGCUGGACGAGCUGCCGCUGCCCCUGCUCAUGCCCAAGGGCAUCGACAUCUACUUCAUGCUCGACGACGGCCAGGGGCACGACCACCGGCCGCCGUCGGGCUCCGUCUUGCAUCACAAGGGCGUCGCCGUCGGGCUAGUGGAGCGCCUCGUCGCGGGGCUGGCAAGGGGUGUGGGCGGUGCGUGA